GGAUCACGUGCACCGGGAGCCGUCGGCUGGUGUUUCCGGGUUUGGUUUGGUCCCGCAGAGGAGAUUCAGAGGCUGAUCGAUAGUUAUGAUCGAUACGUGAACGGAAGCCAGGGGGCGGAGCGAGCCACGUGUCUGUCUGCACACCUGUCUGCGAGUCCGACAUGUCCAACCAGAGAGGCGGCAAGACUCUGAUCAUCACAGACGAUGAGGAGGUGGAGGUGGUGAAGGAGGAGGCGGAGGAGCUCAACCCGUUCUCCUUCAGAGAGUUUCUGCGCUGGAAGAACCAGGACCCGGACCCGGAGCAGAGCUGCACAGCUGCACAGCUGGAGGUGCACCUCUGUCCUCCGAUUCGCAGUGAAUCCUGGGAUAGCGUGGACCACGAAGGAUACACCCGACCCGCCUCACACAGCCUCUGUCUGUCUCAUCAGGAGGAGGAGGAGGAGUGGGGGCGGAGCUUCCAGUCAGGCGUUGACAGCACCUCCUCCCUGUGCACAGAGGAGGAAGAAGAAGAGGAGGAGACCAGGUUCUCCUCCAAACCUGAAGCAGCUGCAGGAGGAGGUGCAGGAGGAGGAGAGAACUAUGAAGGAGAUGACGAGACCUCAAUGGCUGAGCCGGCCACCUUCUGCAGGAGGAGGAGUGCCAGGAGCAGCCAGACGCAACAGCUGAAGGAGGAGAACGCAGCGCUGAGGAGGACCGUCAGGGAGCUGCAGAGGAGAGCCGAAGUGAACGAACGCAGGGCGUCGCAGCUCUCGGAGGAGCUGCUGCAGAGGAGGCGUCAGGAGGAGAAGGAGGCCCAGGACCUGGAGAGCAUGGUUCACUCUGUGGAGCAGAACCUCCACCUGAUGACGAGGCGAGCGGUGAAAGCGGAGAACGCCGUUUCCAAACUGAAGGCGGAGCUACAGCAGCUGCAGGCCGAGGUGGAUUCUCUGCGGGCUGAGAACAACGGUCUGAAGUCAGCGGAGUCUCAGGUCGUCAUGACGAUGAGGCAAAAUGCUCAGGUGGCAUCCGAUUACCUGAACAAGAUGGCGAGCCACGCCCACUCCUCCAUCCGGCAGCUGCUGGGGGAAGCAGAGACUCUGCGUUUGGUGUCUCAGCUGCUGCAGUCCAUUGAUAAAAUCUCCUCCCUGAACUCAGAGUCCUGAACUCCUUUGGACCUCCUGGUUGUCAUGGAAACAUCCAGGAGAGGUCUCUCUGUGAGGUCAGAGGUCAGCUGGUAUUUUAUUUUGGAAGGCCCCAGAUAUGCUGACUGCUGAUUGGUGGACUCUGUGACUGUGUUGAUUCAUAAACUCUGUGAUAAUAAAGCGCUCUGAUGAUCGGAGGCGUGCACCACGAAGACGGCUUUUUGGCUGAUCCGGGCGACUUCAGGGUUAACGUCGGUUUUCUGAAGGUGGCUGGCCAAUCAGCUGUCUUGAACGUAGCGUCGCCAUUCCUAGAGGAUCCCUCGGACCGCUACGGGGAGAGCGGGAGGGUCUGGAGGCUUCGUGCGAUGAGCUUCAGUAGUCUUUUUUUUUUCCUGUCGGCAGCAAGUUCCAGUUUAUUUAUAUAACACAUCUGUUGACAAAAGUAGUCAAAGCAGAAAACAUAAAAUAGGAUAAAACAAAUUUGAAGCGGUUUCAUUGUUCUGUAAACAUUCAUGUAUUCCUGCUGAGCUCGUAUCAGCUUUGUAAUGUUUCAACUUUUAUGUUUGAGUCUUUACUCUCGGACCACAAACAGCAGCUGAGACAAUAAAAGCUGAAGCUGUCAGGAAUGUGCGUGUGUUAAUGUGCUGCUGGAAACACCGAACGCACACCUGAACACCUGUUCAACAAUCGCAUUCAUUUACUGUGAAGCGAUUCUGAUAGGUUUGUAGCAUAAGCCUAUUUGCUGGAACGUUCAAGACAAUUUACUACACAGCAAAAGCAAGACACAAGUAGGCAAAGUUCUUUGUGUUACCCAUGCAUGAGGGAGAGAACCAUGACAAGCGCCGUUCCUUCGCUUGACCCCAGUCGCUCUCGUCCGCUCCCCCGUAACACUGCUCUUUUAUUGAGGUUACAUGAAUAUACAUAGGCUCAUUAACAUAUGACGUCUACAUACACACAAAGAGUACCUUGUCUGUGUGUGUGUGUGUGUAAACGACUUCCCUAAACCUGCUGGUCUGGAAGUCCAGCAGUUCAUCUAAACAAAAGGCACUUAGACUAAAACAGAUAUAGAUGUGUUUAUCCUACCAUGAAACAAUAAGAGAAGGUACGACCUCUCCCGUGCUCCCAGGAUGUGGGUGUGAAUGCCAGAACACUCUGGAAUGCACACAAAGUCUUUGCAGACUCCUAAAGAUCACACAACCUAUCACUACACCUCUAAGGAUAUAUGGUUAAAUAUUUCUAAGCAUAAAUGACAAUCAACAAUACAAAUCUAACAGAUUCCCCUUCAUCAAGCGCUGGAACAGGAAGCUGUCAUGUUUCCAUGGAUCCGGUUUAAUGGGCGUUUAUCAAUAUGCGUACUUGUGCGUACUUGCGUUCUCGUGUACUCGUGAUACGUCAUCAGUCGGAGACCAAGUACUGUUCCAAUUCGAAGUACGCAUCAAGCCGAGAACGCGAAAAAGUCCGGGAUGUGUUCUCGAUCCGCCCGUUUUAUCGAGCAUGCAUCGGUGUAGACUUGGGACAGCUAUAUAUCCCAGAAUGCAUUUCGUCCAAAACUCAAUAGCAGACUCCCGGGACAUCGUUUUCAAACCCCCCCCCCCAAACGCUCGCGGACUUCUCACUACUCAGGUUAAAGAAACCCCAGCAGCUGUCUAUAGUAUUGAGUGUCCACUAGAAUAGAAAUAAAAGCGUU